UGUCCUUUAAUUAGACAUUGUCAUGCAAAAGUUGGUGUGGCGACGGGCAUCGGAGAGCUCAGCUGCAGGGGAGAGAGGUGUGGAGGAGUGCGUGGAAGCAGCGUCAGGUUAAUUAACACAGGUGGUAUCAGUUAGGCUGACCUGAUUACCUCCGCAGCAGCAGUCUGGAGCAGAGCAUAAAAGACGGGUGGACAGAGAAGAGAGGAGGUCGGACGAGAGGAGUACUGAGAGACAGUGGAGGCUGCUUGCUGAGCUGCUGUGGAGUAAACUGAGAGACAGUGGAGACUUCUUACCGAGCUGCUGUGGAGGAACUGAGAGGCAGUGGAGGCUGCUUACUGAGCUGCUAUGGAGGAACUGAGAGACAGUCGAGGCUGCUUACUGAGCUGCUGUGGACUGAGAGACUGAGUGGUUGAGUAAUAAACUGUUUCCCCGACAAACUGACGGUGUGUGUGUGUAUUGAGCGGACCCGCGGACAACAGAGUUGUCACAUUGGCGCCCAACCGGCACUCAAUACACUGCGAUGUCUACGCCUCCGGCAGAGCCGGUGCAGCCGACGGCUGCAUUGGCCCAGACGCUGAAGGACCUGGCGGCGAUGUGUUCGGAGCAGGCGGCUCUGAAUAGGCUUCACUUUAACGCUUUCCACCAGCGGGUGGAGAGGCAGACCCGUGUCCUCGAGCAGCUGCUGUCCCGGGCGGGAGGAAUGUCUGACUCCUCGUCCUCCUCCUCCUUCUCCUUCCCCAUCCCCGGCGUAUCCCUACAGAAGAUGUCGGCGGCGGACGAUCCACAGUCCUUCCUGGACAUGUUCCAGACGACGGCGGCGGCUUGUGGAUGGCCGACAGCGGAGUGGGAGGUGCGGCUGCUUCCCCUGCUGACGGGGGAAGCCCAGACUGCGGCGCUCAGCCUGCCAGCGGCAUCCCGGGGGAGCUUCGCUGCCAUACGGAAGGUGGUUCUGGACAGGAUGAGCCUCUCGCUGGAGGACCACCGUCGCCGAUUCCGGGGCGCUCGGCUGGGACGGACGACCGCCCAUUUGUAUAUGCGCAGCAGCUGAAGGAUGCGGCGACCAGGUGGUUGCAGCCGGGGGAGACCAAUGGGGAGAGCCGGCUGCUGGAAACGGUAGUGGUGGAGCAGUUCCUGGAGGGGCUGCCAGCUGAGACGGGCAACUGGGUGAGGUACCAUCGUCCGAUGGACCUGGGCAUGGCUGUGACGCUGGCGGAGGACCAUCUGGCGGUCCAUUCAGGGGGCCAAGGACAGGCACCUCUGACGACUCGACCGACUCCCACGCCGCGCAGGAAGCCUGCGGCCCAGCCGACGGGGGCGCCUCGCAUGGCGGCAGCUCCUGUUCCGGCCGCACUUAUUAACUUCCCUUUUGUUCCCUCUCCCCAACAGGCUCCAGCUGCUGCGGACGCUGCUUCCAACCCACAGAGGGCUCCUCAAACGUCAGGACAGGAGUGCUGGAGGUGGGGGCGGCCUGGCCACACUUGCCGAGAAUGCCCCCGCACGGAGGUCGGCCAGGUGGUUCGGGUUGCCGGCACGCCAGCACCCUCUCCCGGUCCAGACUGAUGCGUCGAACAGAGGGCUGGGGGCCGUUUUGUCCCAGCAGGUGCGGGGCGUCGACCGCCCUGUAGUUUACAUCAGCCGUAAGUUGUCUGAGAGGGAGGCUCGCUACAGCACAGUGGAGAUGGAGUGCCUGGCAAUCAGGUGGGCGGUCGGGGCCCUGCGCUACUACCUCCUGGGACGCCCAUUCACCCUCUGUUCGGACCACGCCCCUCUCCAAUGGCUCCAUCGCAUGAAGGAUACCAAUGCCCGACUCACAUGGUGGUAUCUGGCUCUACAGCCUUUUAAAUUCACAGUGAUUCAUAGGCCGGGGGCGCAGAUGGCUGAGAGCUCAGCUGCAGGGGAGAGAGGUGUGGAGGAGUGCGUGGAAGCAGCGUCAGGUUAAUUAACACAGGUGGUAUCAGUUAGGCUGACCUGAUUACCUCCGCAGCAGCAGUCUGGAGCAGAGCAUAAAAGACGGGUGGACAGAGAAGAGAGGAGGUCAGACGAGAGGAGUACUGAGAGACAGUGGAGGCUGCUUGCCGAGCUGCUGUGGAGUAAACUGAGAGACAGUGGAGACUGCUUACCGAGCUGCUGUGGAGGAACUGAGCUACAGCGGAGGCUGCUUACCGAGCUGCUGUGGACUGAGAGACUGAGUGGUUGAGUAAUAAACUGUGUUUCCCCGACAAACUGACGGUGUGUGUGUGUAUUGAGUGGACCCGCGGACAACAGCGUUGUCACAGUUGGCUUUCCCUUUAAUGAUGUUCAAAUCUUUGUUGAGUGUUUUGUUGAUGUUGGUUUCUAAAUGUUUUCUGACACUCGGCCCCAAAGAUUAAAACCUUUUACGGCUCACAAGCUGAAACAAUUCACACAAUAUAACUAUCUUUCUGACUAAACUAAGAUAAAAAGUGAAAAACUGCCUGAUCCCUGCAUCAUGAAUGUAAAUCUUUUUGAUUUUUAUGACAGUAAACUGAAUAUAUUUGGGUUUGACAUUUUAUAAACCAAAACAAGAAAUGAAUUACUGGAGAAAACAAUCAACAGAUUAAUGGACAAAGAAAUGUCCAUCAGCCAUGUAUGUUUUCCAACAUAUAUGGUUGAAUUCCUCCAACAUUACAAGAUACACACAGUUUUAAUUCAGUUUUAUUUAUAUAAUACCAAUUAGAGGUCAAAUUGUCUCUUUUUUGUAUUUUUUGUCAUAUUUAAAGUAUGACAAAGGAAGAAAUUUAAACCUCUUGACUAGUUCAAUUUAUUUUUUGGUUUUUAAGAGACUAAUCGACAAUUAAAAUAACUUUCUCCACUAAAACUAAUAAACAUGAGGUCAAAUAGAAGGAACAGUUUUAAAUACUGCAGUCCCACGACGACAAGAAUAAAGUUUGUGAACAAAAACUAAAUCUGCCGGUGGAUUCCAUUAAAGUCCUAAUAAAUGAUAAUAAAGUGUGAUACUAAAGGUUUGUGGUGCGAAAAAUCUCAAACAUAUCAAGUUGAACAUCUGGAUGGAGGUUGAUAAAAGUUGACCUCCCUUCAUUUCUCUGGAGCCGACUCCAUGGAUUUUAGGGAUGCUGGUUAAAGACCUGGGGCCUCAUUUAUAAAACAUUGCGUAGGAUCCAUACUAAAAGUUUGCGUACGCCGAAAAUCCGAAAUGGGCGUAUGUCCUUCGCCCCUGAUUUAUAAAACUGUGCGUCAGCACAGCUGCACGCAUUUUCCCCUUUAUAAUCACACACCAGCUGGAAGAUUGCGUAGGUGGAUCCACCUCACAUUCCGCCCACAACACACCCACAUUUUACCAUGAAUGGUCAAUGCAAAGUAACUCAUGAAUGUAUCUUUAUGUAAAUAAGCUGCUGCAUCCACGGCAUUUUACGCAGUGCCGGCCUGCAGUCUUUUCCCUACACUGAGCGUGAUUGUGGUGUGACGCAUGUGGGCCUGCGUGUCUGUACAGCGCUGAUUAAUGGUUGGACGCUCAUCCCAUUCGGCCGCAUAUGGAUAAAUAAACAAAAUAAUUUACUUUUUUUUGCCUUUUUACUGUGAUAGUUGCAGUGAAGAGUGACAGAAAAUGGGGAGAAGAGUAGGGGGAAGACAUGCAUAAAA